ACAUUAGUUUUUGCGACCGAGUGUUACUUUCAAUAGAUUGCAGUUCACCGUCCAGCCCGAGUUUUGGUAAAGUACAAUCCGAAUUGAUCAGACUGGUUUUCUUCAAUCCCUCGUUUGAUCUGGAUUCAUAUUUUUGCUGCGCAAGUUGCACAGAGCUUUCGCUACCUUGUUUGGUAUCCAAAUCCUUGCGUGAUCCAGUAGCUUUUUUUGGUAACUUUGGUAAUGACGACAUUAAAGCUGCUGCAGAUAUAUCAUUUUGUUUAUCGCACUUCCAUUCUGCCAAGGUUUUUGGCGAAUUAGCAUUAAAUAUGGCUGGAUAGACAUUGACGUUGAGACAAUCGAGAUAGUAAGCAUUUUUGGAAAUUUGGAAUCUGAUGUGUUCACAUUCAGAUAUAUAAUGCUGCAUUUUAAUCUAAAAUUCAACAUAGAUAUAAGAUCAGCAUCAUGCAUAAAAAUUAAAGCACAUUACCUCGGCUUUGAGUUGAAGCCUCAAACUAGCCAGCGAUUGUCCAACUCGAUCAAUCAUAUCAAAGUCAUCCAGAUAUGCAGCAAAAUCAAUAUUAAAUUGACUCACACUAUUUCCUGUUUCUGUUUGCACUCGCUCAAUCUCUUCAUCAAAUGCCUUGCGCCAAUUUUCCAAUUCUUGAGAAACAGUAUCUGGAUCUGCCAUCCGAAGAUCUUUAAGAAUUUGCCACGCAGCAGCAUGGUUUCCUACCACCCUUGAUUUAAGGAUUGCAGCCUUUUCAUGAUCAAACAUAUUUGUAGCCGCCAAUAAACAUUUUUUGAGUGAUGUGGAAUGCAAUCGCAUUUGAUUGUGAAAAUCUGUUUGAAGUUUGCGCAAUUCACUGCGUGAUUGGACUUUUUCCAUUUUUGUAGCCAAAGGUGCGAUGACGAGUGUGGAAAACUCCACGGAUAUGGCGAUUAGUCUUUGGAUCUCUGCUGCAUAUUUAUUUUGAAGUGUAUUGAUUUUUUGAAACAGCACACAUGCUUCAUUUUCGUGGGAUGUUCGUAAAUGCUUCAACAGAUCAAGCCGAGACUGUGCAAGCGUGAACACCUUGUGAAGACGCUUUUCGUAUUCAAUGAUCUCCAGAUUUCGAGCUGAUGUUAGUAUCUCAAGCUUUUUUUUAAUCCGCUCAGUGAUAGAUUGGUUAACACUCAUUUCCCAAGAAAGCUGAUCAUUUUGUGUAGUUUGCUCAAGGUACAAACGCAAAUCGCGUAAUAACUCGGUGGGUAUAUGCGGAAUUUGAACCGCAUGGUCAAUAUCAUUUACACUGGUAGCUAAAUCAGUAUUUGAAAUAUACGUUGAAGCAUUCAAAUCAGAUGGAAAAUCCAUAUCAGCAAGAAAUAAAACAGCAUCAAAACGCAUGGUAUAUUCAGUGCCAUCCAAUAAAGUUGGCUUGAGUACUGCACAAUCAAGCUUGUUUUCUAUAUCCAAGUCCUCUUUUGCAUGUUG